AGUUAUGGGAGGAGAAAGUUACCUGAAAACGCCUGACAUCCAGGUGCGCCUCUCUCAUAGUUGACCAUCGAAAUAUUUUCCGAUACCGAGAGGAGAUAAAAGAUGACGACCAUACCUACCUCCAAAGGAACCCAGAACAUUGCAAUCGCUGUCUUUUUGUUGGCAUGUUUUGCUGCAAUAUUCUGCGUGUACUAUAAACCAACAACAAGCUGGUUGAAAUGCCCUGGUGCGCAAGCCCAGAAAGAUAACAUCAGUGCAGAAAUGUGCUUCAGUGCUCUUAAAAUACAGAACUACAUUUAUGUAGACAACAACUGCACUGUCACCUUGGACACAAAGCAGAUUCAACAACUACAUGACAAUAUCAUAACAACUACACCAACAACUAAUACAACAACAACGCCAACGCCAAAACCUCUGACUACAGCAAAGAAAGAUCCAGAGACCAUUAUAUUAAUCUGGAUGUGGCCUUUUGGUAGCUCUUUUGGCUAUGGACCCUGCACGAUCUUCAACAUUGAAGGCUGCCGACUAACAGAUGACAAAAGUCUGUAUAACCAAGCUCACGGUGUUAUGUUUCAUCACAGAGACAUUCGUGGAGAUUUAUCCAAUUUGCCGAAAGAACCACGACCCAGCUUUCAGAAAUGGGUUUGGUGGAAUAUGGAGUCUCCAACCAAUUCAGGGAAAUAUCCUCAAUUAAAUAAUUUGUUCAAUUUGACUUCAAGUUACCGCAUAGAUUCUGACAUUCCAGUGGGCUACGGUUCAGUGGAACAGGCCACAGAUGAGAAGAAAAAAUACACAAUACCACACAAGGAUAAAUUAGUCUGCUGGAUAGUAAGCAACUACAAUGAAAACUAUAAACGAUCAAAAUACUAUAAUGAGUUAUCGAAGUAUAUAACAGUAGAAGCCUACGGUAGACACUUUCACAGAUCCAUUAGUAGCGAAGAAUACUCUCAAACGGUGGCUAGUUGUAAAUUCUACCUUUCUUUUGAGAAUUCCGUUCAUAAAGACUACAUGACCGAAAAGUUGUACAACCCUCUCAGCCUUGGCACGGUUCCUGUGGUUCUUGGCCCGUCUAGAGAGAACUACGAGCAGUAUGUCCCAAGUGGAGCUUUUAUUCAUGUCGAUGAUUUCCCUUCCCCGAAAGAACUGGCGGAUCAUCUGAAACAGAUGGACCAAAACGAAGACCUCUACAAACAGUACUUUACAUGGAGAGAAAAUUUUUUCGCAAAGACAAGUGCAUAUGGACUUGAACAUGCCUGUCGGUCUUGUGAACAUAUUAGAAGGUUUAAAAAUUACAGGGUAGUGAAGGAUCUCAUCGGCUGGUAUUUCGUUUGAGGAUAUUCAGCUUCACAGCUGGAAGGACCGGAAUGAAUUUCCGGGUCGGUCAGGGCUGGCAACAGGACAUAGCUAUGUCCUUGACUGACAACAAAAUGCUGUUUAGCUGGUUUAUCAAAUGAAGUCUUGAUAGGAUAAUGCAAACCACACCAGUGUCCCAUGUACGGCUGCAAUGUUGGUUAGGGAUGUUGAGCUUGUUUUGAAUGUAUUGGAAAAUGUGGUAGGCUUUUUUAAAACACAUUUUUUAUUCUUUAGAAACUUGAAGAAGAUAAAUUAUUUUGAAGGCUAGUAUCUGUCAUCUUUCGUUUUGUGCCAUCAUGCGUGCCAAAGAUGAUAAAUACACUGCAAUGCAGCCUAAACCUGCUGCUUUAUUAUACUUUAUUCAAGACCUAAUCUGGCCUGAAUAUCAUGUGAAAGGUUACGGGUUAAAGUAUUUUUUAUAUUAUUGAAUAGAUUUUUUUAUUAAUAUAUACUUUUUAUGGUGAAGAGUCUUACUUGUGUUUAACAAACCUCAUCUCUAGAGACACCAUAAUGUGUGCUCAUGCAAAUUUAAAAUAAAUAAAUAAAUGGCAUAGUCAUUAACAAAACCGGUUCUGCUUCUGUAUACUUAAAGGGACACAAGGCAGCAUUUUUAUGUUAAUAAAUCAUCUUCGUAAGUCGGUAUAUGGUUAAAUGACUCAUUACAUGACGAAUGAAGACUCUCUCGCCCACCCCUACCGUCUGUAGGAAGAAUACCCCACUUGCAAGUUCGCUGUAUCCGACCCGGUGUCCUUCAGUCUCGUAUAGUCUUAGAUAUAGAACGCAUUUACUCCCAGACACUAGGGGGAGCUAGUAGAGAAAUAAUACUCAGACUUGCCUUGUGUGCCUUUAAUAUUUUGCCUGAAGUUGAUGGCUCAUCUCGUGUUGUACUGAUUAAAAAGCAAACACAAAGACUUUAAAACAUCUCCAUUGAUAAAUCAACCUUGCUCAGGUCAUUGUGUCACACAGUCGAUCCACAGUUCAUAACAAUCAACAAACAACUAUAUUCUCUCCACGCGUAUGUGCUGCAUUUAAGCCUCUGCAAUUAUUUACUUUGAAAGAAGACGACAAUGAAAUCAAUGUUAGCUCACAAAAUGUUAAGAGCUUAAGUAGCUGCUGAGCUUGAUCAGAGAUUUAAUCAGGCCGUGAUGUAUUAACUUACUGAAAUGGUUUAGUUCAAACAAUCAAACACAAAAAGAUUGGAAAAACUCUCAAAAAGCUUUUGUCCAUUUUUAACAUCUACACAAUAAAAUUUAAGUAAUAACUAUUAUUAAUAUGGUUUAAUUGACAUAAUGCCUUUGUUAUUGCAGUAGGCUACACAUGGUUUAGGGAUGAGGAUCUUUUAUAGCAUUGUUACUGAGGAAUGGAGACAAAGAAUGAACCGGAUGGACCAGUGUGAAAACACAAAGCGUUUAAUAAACUAUACUUACGGCUAAUGUCAAUUACGAAAUCAUUUCAGGUCAUUCCUGUUUUUGCUCAAUUCAGGGGAGUGGCCAUUGACUGCAAAGGAUAUAAUUAGCCAAAUAAUCUUGUAGGGGAUAUAAAUGUAACAAUUUUUUUUUUUUUUUGAGAUAUUAAACAGUUUCUGAAUAAUCUACAAAAUGUAUUUCCUUGACUGUCUACUUAAAAGAUGA